AUGAAAGAGCCGUGCUUCCGGUGUAAGCGGCCAACAUACUUCAACGAUAAGAUCGGUCCACUGAAAGACGGCGCGUUAUUUCACAAAGGCUGCUUCAAGUGCUGGAUAUGUGGAACAAGACUUUCACUGAAAACCUAUCACAAUAAUAGGAACGACAAUCAAGAUCUAGAAGUAUACUGUGCAGGUCAUGUACCAACGCCAGGACCACAUGAUCCAAUUCCACACAGGUCAAACUUAUUGUUCUCACCAAAGACGAAGGGCGACUAUCCACACAAUCUGAUGAGGCCGGCUGGGCCCACAUGA